UAGGUAAUAAGGGUGGACGACCUUCCUCUACUACUACAUUACUUUCUUCUACUACUUCAGUACACCAUCAUGUCGAAAGAGAUCGUCCAUGAAGCGUCAUAUGACCGUAAACCAGACGGAACCCUUGUGAUGCAUAUCAAUGGCAUGGCUGUACGACAGACUCGGUCUGGUGAUAUUGUUGUCGAUGCUCGCCCACGAGUAAUUCAGUGCAGUCCGUCAACAGCAUCAGUACACGUGCGUAGCUCGUAUAUCGACAUGGGAGUACAGGAAAGCGAGAAGGCGUACGUGAAACGCGGUCUGAAGCGUGUACAUGUGUCUCGAUCGGGAAUGGUGGUGUCAGAUGGUAACUGUAUUACAUCCAUGGAUCAUUUCGGACGUAUUGUCAGCAGCACGUAA